CGGAGGGAUACCCGGGAGGAGAGCGCGCAGGUCCGGUUGUUAUGGUGAAGCAUUCCCCCUGAGGGCUGGAGCAGCAGCUGAGUCAGUUUCACAGGAGACACCACUCCCAGCCAACAGGCAGACAAUGACGUUGAGGGACGAAUCAUUGAAACCUCGCCUGAAUCCCUGAAGAGAAAACGUACACAACAACAAGUUGGAAAAGUCUCCACUCACCCACACGGGAUACUGCCACAGCAUUAGCUAAAGUUGGACUUGAAUCAUAGCUUAAGCUCCUCAGUACUUCCGGUUUUGUGGAUUUGUUGUUCGUCAUAUUCUCACUAUGGAUUCUCAAACACUUGGAUCAAUAUCUUGGACACAGUCACCCUCACUUUGGAUUAAAAGCUCAAAUAAGGCAUCUAUUCCUUUCUAGCAACAUCUCUCCAUCUCUUCCCUUCAGUGGCCAAGUUCCCCACAGUUGCUAUGGACGGGAGGACUGACGGUUCCUUACAGCCCAAAUCCUGGAUGUUUCUCUCUUUGAUUUCCCAAGGCACGAUAAGAGUUAUGUGAAAGAUGAGGAAGAGACAUUACCACAACAUGUUGCUUCCUUCUGAAAUCAGGGAGAUAUCUUCCACCUGAUUGCACAACACAAGUCGUUUCAUCACUCUGGAUAUUUGUGAAAUUUGCUCCUUAUUUUUUACAGAUAAGCUGCGGUUUCUGUCUCCCACUGGCCCUAACGUAGGCCUGGUUGGCCUUACAGAAGGGCCUCCUUAAGGGGCAAGACGUAGGUAAAGAAGACAUUUAAGAAACGUUUAUGUUUGACAUCCUUUUGGACUAAGAGAACCUAAGAGGAGAAGACACCGGGACAGCUUGUGGUGGUGUGGCAUGGCAGCAGAGCACGGGGAGCUGCUGAGUGAGAUGGCCACAGUCGGGCGUCUGGGAGCCACCGAGCGCCUGAAACACGCCCAGAAGCGUCGCGUUCAGCAGCUGAAGGGAUGGGCGCAGAUGGAGAAGGACUCAACGCGAGGGUCGAGAGCCAAAGCGGAUAAGAAGAAGGCGCGCACGAUAAAAGUCACAUUCCCCCAGUCCAUCACGCUGCUGGAUGCUGCUGCACGCAACGACGUGGAGGAGGUGAGGGAGCUGCUAAACAACGGCGUCAGCCCUGAUCUGGUCAACGAGGAUGGACUGACGGCCCUACAUCAGUGCUGCAUCGAUGACUUUGUGGAGAUCGUGCAGUGCCUGCUGGACGCUGGUGGCUGUGUGAAUGCGUGUGACAGUGAGCUGUGGACGCCGCUGCACGCUGCUGCCACCUGUGGACACACCGGCCUGGUGCAGCUGCUCAUCCAGGCUGGGGCUGACCUGCUGGCUGUCAAUGCAGAUGGCAACAUGCCCUAUGACCUCUGUGAGGAUGAGGCCACGCUCGAGCUGCUGGAGAUGGUCAUGGCUGAACAGGGGAUAACUCAGGACCGCAUAGAUGAAUGCCGGGGGGCUAAAGAGAAAGCCAUGCUGGCUGACAUUCAGGCUCUGGUUCAGAACGGAGCGGACUUAAACGCACAGGAUGCUAACGGAACAACACUGCUCCACAUAGCGUCGGCUAACGGCUACGUGUCCGUGGCGGAGCUGCUGGUGGAGCACAGAGCUCAGAUGGAGGCGAGGGACUCUGACGGCUGGACGCCGCUGCACGCCGCCUCCUGCUGGGGACAAAUCCAGAUGGUGGAACUGUUGGUGGCACAUGGAGCCAGUUUAAAUACAAAGUCUGUGCUGGACGAGACGCCUCUGGAUGUGUGUAUGGAUGAAGAGGUCAGAGCCAAACUGAUGGACCUGAAACACAAACAUGAAGCCAUCAUGAAGAGCCAGGACCGACAGAAAGGAACGCUGCAGAGACGAGCCUCGAGCACCGGCAGCAGAGGCAAGGUGGUACGUCGCGUCAGUGUGAACGAGCGCUCCAGUCUGUACCGGCGCGAGCACCACAAAGAGGCCAUGGUGUGGCAGGAGCGCGGCCGACAGCCGGAGUCUCAGGACGAGGACGAGGACAGACAGACGGACAACGAGCUGCACCGGCAUGCCACCAUGGUCGCUGGUGUCGGAGCCACGUCCCGCCUAGAGGAGCUGGAGUCUGCAGACAGGAGCGUUGUGUCCAGCCUGGGUAACGGAGGGACGUCUUUGUCUCCGGCGUCCUCUGUCCCCGGAGAGGUGUGGAGUGGAGGAGGUCUGAUGGACCGCAGCGCCUCCUACCAGCUCAGCCCCUCGGAGGGGGAGGGGGCGGACAGUAUGACUCGGGAGAAAUCUCACCAAACGCUGGCCGACCUGAAGCGCCAGCGAGCCGCCGCCAAGCUCAACAAGUACCCAGCCCCUCAACCCCCGCUGCCCCCUGCCCUGGAGGAGGAGCCUGCCGCGGAGCUGACCCCCCCUCAGGCACAGCAUGAGGUCCAGACCGCCCCCCCCCCUGCAGAGGAGCUCACCUCCCCCAGCCAGGUGUACUUCACCCCCGCCAGCGGAGACCCUCCCCUUCUGAAACUCAGAGCGCCUGAGGAGGAGCAGUCUAACAAUAAGGAGCCCUGCUGUGGACUCAUGUAGACACACACACACACACACACACACACACACACACACACACACACACACACACACACACACACACACACACACACACACACACACACACACACACUACCUGCAGAGUAAAUAAGCCGGCGUUAUACACUCCAAAGUGGCAAAAAAGCUUUCAGAACAGACAAAAAAAUCCUUAAAGACUGAGUUAAGGCCACAUGCCAAUGAGGGUUUGAUCCACGCAGCAUUUCAGUGACUGAGGGGCAAUCCUUGUGCUUAUUUCCCAUUUGCUUAUCGUUUUUUAACACGAUACACACCCUCCACUAAAGGUCCUAACAUUCCCUGUGGCUCCCUCCGGAUGUCAGGUGUACGUGAGACACUAAAAGAAAAACGACGGAUCCCAGUUUUUCAAUCACAACCAAAUAAUUGCUUUAUUCUGCCUUUUGUUUAUUACUUUAUUUAUCGUUUACUACACAAUAACAUUUCAGAUGAAUGAAAUUCAGUUCAAGAUUACUUGUUUCAAAUUAAGAUGUUUUCUUUUC